AUGCUCACAGAAAUCAACUCGUACUUGAAAGGUGUCGUACGCUACUUCGAUCUAGAUCGUUUCAUCGCCUACAAUAGCAAGGUCGUAUCUGCACGAUGGUCCACAGAGACUUGUACUUGGACAGUGGAGGUCGAGAAUGGGCCGAGUGUGGAGUCAGAGAUCCUCAUCAAUGCCUGCGGUAUCCUGAACAACCCAAAGAUGCCCGAGAUCACUGGCCUGGAUACAUUCGCGGGCCAGAUUCUACAUACGGCUGCUUGGGACCAGUCUGUUGAUUUAAGGAACAAGAGAAUAGGCAUCAUCGGGGCUGGCGCUAGCUCCAUUCAGCUUCUUCCUCAGAUUCAACCUACGGCAGAAAAAGUCCAGGUCUUUAUCCGAACUCCAUCCUGGAUCUAUCCGCCUUUUGCGUUGACAGCCGGUACUGCCGCAAGCCAUGCCUAUAGCGAGGAAGAAAAGGAAACAUUCAGAUGGGACGAAGAUAGCUAUCUUGAGGCUCGAAAGGUAAUGGAAGGCCAAUUUAACGGCAUGUUUCGCAUUUUUAUCAAGAACAGCCUGGAGCAAAAGGCGAUGCGCGCAAAGGUGGAGUCACAUAUGAGAUCGAUCAUCAAGGAUCAUGCCUUGCAGGAGCAACUCAUUCCCAAGUUCGAAAUGGGCUGCCGAAGAAUUAAUCCCGGUGAUAGCUUCCUCGUGGCAAUUCAGAAGCCCAACGUGGAGCCAGUGCUCGAUCCUGUUGACAAGAUAACAGAAAUAGGGGUCAUCGCCGGUGGAAAGCUUUAUGAAGCAGAUGUCUUAGUAGCCGCGACUGGGUUUAAUACGUCUUUUAGGCCACGUUUCCCGAUCAUUGGUCUUGACGGCAUCAAUUUGCAGGAUCUUUGGGCUGAUGAGCCUGUGUCAUACAUGGGCACUGGUGUCUCUGGGUUCCCUAACUACCUUAUUUUUCUGGGACCAAACACGCCGAUCUCAAACGGAAGUCUCAUGGGUAGGUUUCGAGAAUAA